UGCUAGUAGAGCGUUUGCUAGUUGUUUUUUAUUUCAACUGAAACAUACAACAACGAAACAUCAUCAAAGUUUGUAGAGCUAGCUAAACGUUGGCAGCAGCAUCACUUGAAUCAGCUAUUAGGCGGAUCAAUAGUCGUGCCCGCACUGACAAACCCAGUGGAAAGAGUGAGGGACUGCGAAGUUAGCCUUGACCUGUGUGUUGCUAGAGACAUUGUCAAUAAUCAAUAACUGUUAGCCAUCUUAAGUUGUUCACUUGUAAAUCAAGCCGUCACUAGAAAAGCACAGAAUGACGAAAGAAAAUUAUAUCGAACUGAUUAUUCAAUUUAUGACCAACAAUAACAUUACUGGUGAAUUGGACUUCAAAGAGCCCUUUAUAAAACCUUCACUUAGAUACGUGUACCCAUUUUUUCUGUUUCUUCAUGCAUUGGUUGGACUGAUAGGGAUUGCUGGCAAUACCGCCAUGCUAGUUGUCAUUACAAAACAUCGACUAUACCAGGAUCAGACCUAUUUCUUGAUGACCAACCUGGCAUUCGCAGAUUUGAUCAAGUGCAUGAUUGUUUUACCCAUUACAUUGGCAAACCUUUUGCUCCAGAAUUGGUUGUUUGGAAGUUUUCUUUGUUUUUUUUUACCAAUGUUACAGUGGUUUCCUGCACAUGCUUCAAUGUUGACAUUUCUUAUGAUAGCUAUUGACAGGUAUCGUAUAAUAGUCCAUCCUUUCAAAUCACGAUUACCAGCUGGACUGUGUGUAACGGCAGUGUGGGUUGGAUCGAUUUGUCUUGUUCUGCCAUAUGCCAUCUACAUAAAAUACAUUGAUCUUGGUGCUUUUCUCGGUGAAGAAUUUAAAGGAGUAGGAAUAUGCUACGUAUUUGUGGAGCGCCGCAUAGAAGAGUAUAUUCGUGCUAUGUUUGUGACACUAUACGCCAUGCCUCUUGCCGUCAUUGCCUUGUUAUAUGUUCGAGUUUCUGCUGAGUUUAAAUCUAGAGAGUUUCCUUUGAUCUCUGUACAUUUUACACAGAAUCUAGCUUCUGGUGAUCAAGAACAAAAUGCUCGAGAUAAUGCAAAGAUUGGAUCGUGGUCUUCUGUUGAUUAUUAUAGAUCAAAGGCUCUUCAACCUCAUGAACAUAAAUCAUCCAAUAGUAUUUUACUUCCAACCGCCAUGACAACAUACCCUAGCAGAUCUGCAGUGUCCAGUCAGCACUGCCAUCCAAUGAGUCAAGAAGGAAACGUUGCAUCCACUCGAAAAUCUGGUCCAGCAACUUCUCGAGAUGAUGAUCUAGAUAUUGAGAAAGAAAAAAGAACACAAAAUUAUUUAAUCACCAUGACAACUUGUUUCGCUGUUUGCUGGUGUCCAUUACACAUCCUAGUUCUAGUGCACUACUUUGUGCAUGAAACGAAUCACAACAUGGGACACUAUGACAUAACUUAUCUGAUUUUUGCUUGCUUUGGAUUUUUAGCCACGUGUAGCACACCAGUCCUCUUUGCUUCCUGGAGAAUGUCUGACGCUACUAAGGACAAACUUCGAGGAUAUUUUCGAUUGAACAAUCGUUGGAGAUCAUCCACUAGUUCCGAGCGACAGUCCUACCAGACUCAGUGUUUGCCUACACAGACUCAACAAGGAGAGAGUUUAAUGGUGACUUGCAAACAAGGACACGACCGAUAUGGAACUGAACCUGUUUAAACUGAUCCAUUGGAGUUGUUAAGAACGAUAUUUUGUUUUGUUUUAAAUAUAAUGUGGUUUGAAUUACGUGACAUAAUUUAUUGAUUAGAUACUAUGUAGUUAUUAUGUUGCUUAUUGAGUGGUCAGGUCAGAUGAAUAUCUUUUAUUUUAGGCCUGCCAAUACCUUCAAUCUAUAAACAGUUAUUAUCUGCUCAAAUUCCAGUUUAGUCCACCCAGCUUUAAUUAGAGAUGGGAAUCUAACACAACUUUGAAAGUUCGGGUUCGGUUCGGUCAGAUCUUAAGUUCGGGUUCGGUUCGAUGUUAUGAGAUUAGGUAAUAGCCAAAUUUAUAAACAUGUAAAAUAAUGUUCAAUUUAAUUGAAUAGGUCUCUUUACGUCUACUAGAUGGAUGGUAGCUAUUUCGUUUAGUGGACGCUAAUGUCAGCGUUUACAUGCGAAAUAAACCUGUUUUUCUUGUAGUUUUUCUUGAUUUUAUUUAGAUGUGAUGUGAUGACACUUUAAAAAUAUAUUUUAAAAUAACACUGUAAAAUAAAACGUCUUCUUAUUCAGACUCUAUUUCUGUUAGAUAAUUCUUUGAAGUUUUAUGGAUCAACGCUUGAACUGUUACAGUACUAAGCAUAUCAUCACAUGGUUCUGAUUCAACAUCUUGCCGCAGACAAUUUUUCUGAUAAUUUUUGCAGCCAGUUCACUGUGACAUCCACUCAUGCUUAUGGUGGUAUCAGUAGUAACAUUUCUCCAAUAGAAGAAACUCCCCCAGCGCGGGGCGGAGACCCGCCUCAAAGCACUAUUUCCGCUAUUGAAAACCAACAAAAUGCAUUAUCCUGCUAUUAAAAAGUUUUAUUUUAAAAACCUAAUCUGCUAUUCUUUCCGACUUAGACCCUCCCCGCCGUUCGGCGUAUUUAGAGGCAAACUGGUUCCACAAAAAUCUGUCACUGGCAAUGUCUGAAGCCUCUUCCCACCUGCUCUAAGGACCUCCAUGAAAGUGUGGCGUCAAGUUGUAUUAGGAUGUCAUCGCAACUCUUAUUAUGCGAAAUUCCUUUUGUUGGAGAACAUGUCUCGAAAAUCUCAUGCGACGCUCUUUCAGAACCUUAUUAAGGGGUCGACUCCCAGUUCGGCAUAGGAUUUCCUUGAUUUAGACCCGAUCUCUAUAACUGACUCCUAAAAUCUGUCUUAGCCAUCUCUGUUGAGCCACAUUUAGUGUUUUUCAAUUUCGGCAGAUGACUAUUCACUACACUUUAUUAAUGGAGCCCAGUCACUGGUAGAAAUGUGUUAACUCUCUUGACUACGCUCUUGGAAUUAGGUGACUGUAGUUUGCUUUAGAUUUUAUAUCGAAAAGAGAAGUUUUAAAGUAAAAAAAUCUCUUUAAAAUCAAAACCCCAUUUAGCUACGGUCAUAGAAUUUGGAGACUGUAGUUUGCUUUAGAAUAAUAUUGAAGAGAGAGGUUUUCAACCUCAAAACUCUCUGUAGGGGGAUUUUAAACUCAAAACCAUCUGGAGGGGUUUUAAACUUUAAAAAAAGCCAUCUGGAGGAGGGGAGUUUAAACUCACAACCCCCCAUUGGCUUGGCUACGCUCAAAGAAUUUUAGUGUGUAAUUUGCUUUUUUUUUUUUUGAAGAGGGUUUUUUUUAGCAUCAAACCCAUCUGAAGAGGGGUUUAAACGCUCAUAGCAUUUUGAGUGCGUAAUUUGCUUUUUUUUUAUAUUGAAGAGGUGUUUUUUCGCUUCAAACCCCGCUGGCGGGAGGGGGGGGGUUUGAACUCAAAACCCCUUUGGGGUUUUAAAGUGAGUAAUUUGCUUUUUUAUAUUGAAGAGGUAUUUUUUAAACUUCAAAUCACAAUGGAAAAGGGGGGGGGGGGGGGUUAAACUCAAAAUCCCCUUUGGCUACACUCAUAGAAUUUUGAGUUUUUAAUUUGCUUUUUUUGAUAUUGAAGAGGGGGUUUAUCGAAAAUUUUGGAGGGGGUUUUAAAAUCAAAAUCUUCCUUAGCUGUGUUCUUGGAAUUUGGGGAUUGUCGUUUGCAUUUUUUUUGCAUUGUUUUAUAGAAGAGGGGGAUUUAACUGCAAAACCCCCUGGUAGCGGGUUUUAAAAUGAAAACCCUUUUGGCUGUGCUGGGACAAGUGAUGGUUUAGUAUUAAAAUAUCACCUAAAAUAAACAAAAUCAAGCAAAAAAUCAGUCACUAAAUUCCGAUCACCCCCUUGCGGGGGGGGGGGGGAUUUCAUUUCGUGGGUGGGGGGGGAGUGAACCCCAACCCCCCUGGCUACGCCCAUGUACAUUUAUAUAUUACGACAGUGUGGAAUAGACAUCUAUGGUUGUAAACACUGUAGAUCAAUAUUCGAUAAAGAAAAAGCAUAAAUCUAUAUUCAAGUUUUAAAUAUACCCAGAUUGCCAGAUUUUUAUACAUUAUUAUAUACAACUAGCUAUUUCACCCGGCUUUUUUUUCGGGGGGGGGGGGGUUGAAUUGUUUUUGUUUUCUUAUAUUCAUGGCUAGUUUCUUCAAGAUUGGUACAGAAUCUUUUUUGUUUUAUUUGUUACUAGACAUAUAUUACCCGCGGCCGCGGGUCUCAAUUCGCGUAUCACUGUCGAUAUAGUCACUAAGAGAUUUUUAGAAACAAUAAAACGAAAUAAUAAUGCUAUAAGUAAAGCGAAUGUGGAAUGCGUAAAUGUAAAAAUAGUAUGAAUGGAGCUAUCAAAUUAGCUAAUCGACCAAAAUCAAUUUUUUCAAAUAAAAACAUUUGCUUGUAGACCUACAUAUAUUUGAUUAAAGUAUGAAAUGAAUAGACUUUAUUUGUACCAGUUUAUCUGUGGGGUCAGUGCAUUUGCCUUGAUGUAGACUGCUAUUGAAAAAUGUAUUUUUUUUUUAAAUUAUCAUGUAUAAAGUGUAAGUUAAUAAGUAGAUCUAGACUUUCUAGAUCUAGAAUCUAGAUAUUUCUAGUAUAAGUAUCAUCUAAAAUCUAAAGGUUUUCCCAAGCGGUACAGAUCUAUAUGCUAGAUCUACUAAUAAAAUAAUUACGUUUUUGUUUGUUUUUGUUUCAAUUAUGAAAGCUGUAUGUAGACAAAUAGAAGUUGAAAUGUUUUCUGUAUAAUCUAUAAUUACUAAAGAUCUAGAUCUAGUUAAGAUCUCGCUGUAUUGUUUACGUUUUAUAAAAUGAAAGUAGAUUUUAGAUUUAUUUUUUAAAUGUGUAUUCUUCAUUACCUUAUCUUAUCUUAUCUAAUACAGAUGUUACUUCAAAAAAAGAAGAUGAUUACGUCCUACGCGUCAUGCAUUCAGUUAUGCAUAAUGACUUAAAUUCUGCCAAGUCACUGCUUUUCCUGGCUAGCUCAGGCAACCCAUUCCAUGCUCUAAUAGCACUAGGGAAGAAGUAGUAUUUGUACAAAUUUGUCCUACCAUAUGGGAUAAGUAAUGUGCUUUUAUCUUUGUGUCUUUCUGAGUAUUUUAUUAAAUUGUGUUUUUGUAUUUGAAGAUUAUGGUUCAGUGUUUUAUGUAUAAUUGCUACUUUACUUUUGCGUCUUCUGUCCUGAAGGCUUUCUAAAUUUAGUGAUUUAACUAAAAGUGUUACUCUAGUCAAAUGUGAAUAUUCGUUUGUUAUGAAUCUCACUGCUCUAUUUUGUGUCUGUUCCAGUUUCUUAAUGUUUUCUUGAGUUGAGGGGUCCCAAACAGAGGAUGCAUAUUCUAUUAUUGACCUAACUGUUCCCUGGGGUAUGCCUGAGUUAACUGCUAUUUGCGUUGAUUUAGAGCCAUUCAUUGUUACAGUUUGUUCUCUCCCUAUCAGAAAAUCUUUAAUCCACUGAUGCAAUGGACCAUCAAUGCCAAAAUAUUUUAAUUUUUUAAGUUCAUUAAAAGUAUUGUAAAACGUAUAUUUAAGAGAGUAAAAUAUUGAACUCUCAAUGAUUUAAAUAUAAAAAUAACGCAAAAUAGAGUUUAUUCAAUUUAUUAGUCAAAAGCCAACAUCUGUUUUUUUUUUAUUUAGAGCCGAAAGUUCAUGACCUCAAGACACGUUGCCUUGGUACUGUAAACUGUAGGUGACAUAAAGCAAUAAAAAUAUAUUUAAUAAUUAAAUCGAACGCUCGAAUGUUAAUGUUCAUAUAACAUUGUUAGUUUAAUUUUAUUUAGAUCUAGAUCUAGAAUGUAUUUAAUUUGAACGCCACAGUAGUCAAGUCAAUAAAUAAAAACUUUGAGCCUAUUGUAGUAAAAGACUAUACACUUUGUGUUGCCCUAGAAAAUAGCAUAGAUACAGUAGAUUAUAGUGUUGACCUAAAUACCGCACUAUGAUGAAUGAAAUGCUUGUCGACACGGCUAAUGUAUAUAUGUAGCUACGUUGUUAACAGGUCUAAAUGCGCAUAAGUAAAUCUGAAAGAAUAAAGUAAAUUGAAAAUAAAGAAUUAAAAUUAAAAUGAAUCGGUAGUUGUAUGCUUAAAUGCUUUAAAAACACAACUGAAAGUAAAUUGUAUUAUGUAGUCUGCACUUAUCGACUCACUGCUGAUACCUCUUGUCGACUCAAAUAGUCAACUGCUCAUACCUUAUCAGCACCUCAUCAGCUUGUCAACUCAUCAGCGUCUAAUUAAUAAGACCCGUAUCUGGCUUCGCUGACCGUAGCUGCAGCUGAUCCCUGCCCAUACAGACAGUUGGACUACCCAAGACCUGGAACCAUUCCGACAGCCCACCAGCAGACAGCGUCAGCACCAGCCAUACCAGUCUCCUUACGGCAGCACCAGACUCUGAUAAAGCUAAGCGAAUAAGCCUAAUGACACCCGGAACACUUGGCUCUUAAGAUCUAAUGAUGAUCAAUGUAAAGGUUAGAUUGCACCCAACCCUGUGUAAAUUACCACUCCACCAUUGAAUUUAUACAAUAAACCUGUACAUAAUUUUAUAUAUCGCAUUAGUUGCCUACCGUAUUGAACUCUGUGCCUGUCAUUACUUUUGUGCAAGUGUGCUUGUCACACGUACUACGUUUGAAUAUUAACCCAUUAAAACAACAUUAUUAUCAAUGUUUAAAAAGCUAUUAUAUUGUAAGUUAAAGACUUCUUUUAAGUGUGAAAAAAAAACUGAAAAAAAUUCGCAGUAAGGCUUCAACUGAACACGAAGUUUAUCUUCACUUAUCUGAACACAUACGUACGCUACAUGUAUCUCGCCAAUCCCUUGCAUAAUAGUACUGGCCAGUGUUACCUCUUUCUUUUGUAAAAUUAAUUUAAGUGACUUUUUUUUUUUUACUUAAAUGAAUUGUCACCACCUCAAAGUUGGUGCCAUAGAGUAGAAACCCUAAUUCUGUAUUGUGUAUGUUAAUUCCAUAUUGUGAAUCUUAUUCACAACCCAUGUUGCACUAAGGUGAACACUUUUGACCUUGGGUGAACCAGAGAGUUAAAGGCAGUCAGUCCACAUAGAGAUCUUGUAGCAAGCACUUGUAUUGAGUCACUUAAGAUAUAAGCAGUAGAGUUAGAUGUUUAAAGUAGUUGGUUAUAGAAUAGUUACUAAGUUGUGAUAUUCGUAUAUUCCUGUUGGAUUAAUACUGACCAUUCCUGGGUCGAAUUGUAUAUCGUAUUCAUCAUGUGGUGUUAUAUUAAACUUAUUGUGUCUGCUA